ACGCUGUUUGCCUUUUUUGCGUUUGAGGUAGGGAGUGUCGGACAAUAGCCUUCACCUUCAGAAACCAGACAGUUUACGUAAACGACUGCAUAACGAUUUCUUACAUCACUAGUGACUUCCUUGUUGAGCUGUCAGGCACGCUGACGACCAUGUCUCUGCCAAUGAUUGGGUUCACAGCCCUGCCCCAUGUCGGAGGGAUUCUUGGUGGCUUCAUCCGACGCAGGGAGGUCUACACCUGGUACGCAAGCCUGAAGAAACCCUCCUGGUGCCCACCGAACGGAGCAUUCCCUGUGGUGUGGACGAGUCUUUACACAGGGAUGGGGUAUGGAUCCUACCUAAUUUGGAAAGAGCUUGGGGGUUUUACUGAGGAUGCAGUGGUCCCAAUGGGACUUUAUGGGCUGCAGCUCGCUCUGAACUGGGCAUCAGUUCCUCUUUUCUUUGGUGCACACAGUCAAAAAUGGGGUCUAAUUGAGAUUGUGCUUCUCGAUGGGGCAAUUGGAGCGACCAUGUUGUCUUGGUAUCCCAUUAGCCGCACUGCCUCUCUGCUCUUAGCGCCAUAUCUGGCUUGGAUGUGUUACACCACCGCCAUCCGUUACUGCAUAUGGAGAGACAACCCUGAUAAAAAAGAGUAGGGUACAGUUUACAGUAUUUUUCUGGGUCAUUUCUGUACAACGAAUCUGCAACCUAACCUAAGAAAAAUAAUAGUUUUUUGUACCAGGUUACAUGAUAGUCUGAUUCUAAAAGCAAUUAUUGAUGUUUUUCUGUGUGAUAAAGGCAGCUAUGAGGUCUAAAAACAAUUAUUAUGGUAUUAUUGAGAAAAUUAACUAUGUGCCUCCAGCUGUUAAUGAAUUGUAUUUACUUAUUUUAUCCUGUUUUGUCACUGGGCACAGGGCAGGGUACACCAAGGAUAGGUCACACUCACCUUCACACACAAAGGGGCAGCUUAGAAACUUUGAAAAUUUGACAUGCAUAUUUUUGGGCUCUGGGAGGCUAUCUAAUUAAAUCAGAUAGUUUUUAUUUUGAGUAAUUUGUAGGUUAAUUUGAACUUAAACUACGAAUGUCCAAAAUUAUUGAGCAACAGAAACCUUGUAUCUAACAGGCUCGAUUAUAACUGGUUUGGAAUGCUGUUCUUUUUGUGUAAUUUAUGUUUGUUUCUGCAAAGUUUCUUCUGAUAAUACUCUUGACCAACUUGUGCUUUUUGGUUUUUAGCCCCAGAAAAAUUUAAUAAACUGAAGUGCCUGGACAAUAGAUGUUUGCUAAAGGCGUUUGUCUUGCCAUCAACUUAUCUCUGUACUCUUGUCGGUCUUGAAUUAUUGAAUAAAACAUUGUCACAUAAAGAGUGCAA